AUGUCUCGUCUAAAACUCCGCCAUCUCACCUUCGACCUCAAACCCAACUCCGCUCUGCGCUUCCUGACCAAGCUGCGGCUUGCUCCGAAGACCUGCACGCUCGCGUCCGCGCUGCUGCCCAUCCGCUGCCGCGUCCGACCGCUCACCCAUCUCAUCACUAGCGCCUUGCGAGCCACGAACAGUCCCGACCUCACCUUGAGUAUAUGGACUGCCAGCAAGUCCUGGAGACACAACAUCAUGCCUGAUCAGGAAGCCUUCGACAAGGCUACAGAUGCACUGGAGGCAGCUCUCAAAAUCAUUCGAGAUACAAGGGAGCACUCCGACAUGCAAGUACUCCUCAGAGAUGGAACUGAAGUGUCAUGCCAUCGCAUCAUUAUGUGCAUGCGAUGCGACUUCUUCCGGGAUCAGCUGAAGCCCGGUUCUGAGGCACACAAGAAAGGACUUGUCAAGAUGUUGCACGAUCCUCCAGAAGCUGUUCAGGCUCUGAUCGACUUCAUCUAUGCUGCUGAGUACCGCAUUGAUUGGGGUCAAGACGUUCCUGCACUGAUUCUUUUCCAUCUGGACAUACUCAAAAUGGCUAAGACCUACGCGAUCCCUGGGCUGGAAGAGCUGGCUGCGCAAUACAUAACAGCUCACUUCGUGAAAACCCCGGAAGCGGCCGCUGAGGCUUUCCCAGAUAUUGCGGGCGCUUUCGAGCAACACAAUAUCAGCUGGGAUUGUGGAUGGGUGAGAGAAUGGAAGUCACCAGAGGUCCAAUCAUAUAAGCUAUAUGAGUCGUUCAUGGACUGGGCGGAAAGCCACAGACGCUUGCUCAUGGAGAAAGAUACGGGAGACGCACUGGAAGAAAAGGCCCCAGACCUCAUGGAAUAUCUCAUGGAAGAGUACGCUGAAUGGUGGUUUGAGUUCGGCAACGAGGAGUCUGCGGAGUGGAUUGAGCGCUUCAAUGGACCCGGCUCUUCAGGAGCACUCAAGUACACUUUCAAAUGUCCAAACGGUGAAUGCAGACUCAUUCAGCACAGAUUCAUCGGCACAGCCCACUUCACGUCAAACCCCAUGGCACUGAGCUGCAACGGAUGCGACCGCCGGUAUGAGUAUGAGAAGUGGAUGGAGUUCGUCCAGGAGCCUGCAGACGAAGCCAAUCAGUAG